GUUUAGGAUUUCGGAGCUCACACAACUAAGCUCCAAGCUAUUCAUCCCAUUUGGUGAUUGGUGUGAAAAUUGAACUCUGUUGAUUCAUAAUUAGGGUUUUCAUACCAAGAUGGGGACGAAGGCAAAGAAAGCUUUGAAGAAGAAGAGUUUGAAAAGGGUCAAUGCUAUCAAUAAUAAACCAUCUGAGCAUGCUGCUGAUUUUUUGCCGUUGGAAGGUGGUCCUGGUCGCAAACUUCCUGAACUUAAACAAUUGGAGAAUUCUUCCCCUGUUUUGUAUAUUGGUCGGAUUCCACAUGGCUUCUAUGAGAAGGAGAUGGAAGCUUAUUUUGGACAAUUUGGAACCAUCAAGAGAUUGAGAAUUUCCAGAAAUAAAAAGACUGGAAAAUCAAGACAUUUUGGGUUCAUAGAAUUUGAAUCUCCUGAGGUAGCAAAAAUUGUUGCUGAUACUAUGCACAAUUAUUUGCUUUUUGAACACCUACUACAGGUUUUUGUGGUACCUUCAGAACAUGUUCAUCCCCGAUUAUGGAAAGGAUUCAAUUACCGCUACAAGCCCUUGGACACACUCCAAAUUGAACGAGAGCUACAUGACAAGGAAAGAACAUUGGAAGAACACAAAAAGUUGGUUGAUAGAGUUAUGAAGCGUGACAAAAAACGACGUAAAAAGAUAGAGGCUGCUGGCAUUGAUUAUGAAUGUCCUGAGAUUGUGGGUAACCUCCAGUCUGCUCCAAAGAAGAUAAAGUUCGAAGACUGAGUAGAUGAAGGCGGAUGGUCUACCAUGUCAUGAGGGGUGGCAAGAAACAAUGUUUUUUAGAAUUUUAAAAGUUAGUAAUGAACUAUCUUCAUUGUAGGUGCAAGAGCCUCCAGUUUUGUGUCUUUCUAGACAUUAUAUUAUGAAAAUAUUUGUGUAAGUGUUAUCCAUUCCAUAUAUUUAUCAGUUUUUGUGUCAGUUAAUCACCUUCAUUACGACGAGUUGGAAAUACUGAAUUCCCUUCAUAUCUGCAUAAAUUGUAGGUUGUUAGUAGGUACAAGAUGGCCAGUAUAUUGGAAUUGAAUACUGAAGUUCGAUAAUUGUCGAAA